GCUUAUUAUAUAUUAUAUCAUUAGAUAAAAAUUUGUGAUUUUUAUUAUAAAUAAAAAGAUUAUUGUGUAAAAUAUAAAGUUUAUAAAAUAAUUUUGCACUUUUUAUUUUGUAGAAAAAUACCCUCACACUUAAAAAUUUGAAGUUUUGCCAAUUUAAAUUGAAAUUGUUUUGAGAGAUGCUCUGAACCAGAAAUUAAGAUAUUGUAGUUUCUAUACAAACCAAAUCUCAAAAUAAACCCUACAUUUGUAUAAGAAGCUCGAGGGAAAAAUAAAUGUAACUUGGAUGUAGACAAGUAGUAACAGUUUUUUUUUUUGUCGACUAGUAGUAGUAUUAUACGGUUGACAAAAAAAAGUAGUAGUAUUAUACGUAUCCCUUUGUUAAGAAAAAAAACAUUAUACGUAUCCCGGUCAUAUUGCAAUACAACAAACAUCUAUCAUAGUAUCUGUUAUUUACGGGAAGACGUGCUAUUUCCCCAUGAGAAGUAUCGUAUCCUUCCAUAUAUCUCUCAAACUAUGACCUCAUCGUAGGUGUCCCCGAGAAGAAAGUUCGAAACGUAUUUCUCCAUGAAACUAUAACAAACCACUUAUAUCUCCUUGAAAUAAAAGUUCGAAAGCCAUAGCCCCAUAAAAUUAAAUCACUCGGUUUAAACCUAUAAACUUCAACCGUUUUGGUUAAUUAAACCAGUAUAGACCAAUUAACAACCCGAUUAAAGAUCCGAUUAUAGAAAUCAAACCAGAAAUUAUAAACCUAAGCCGACAAACUCAUAAACCCUUUCAUCCCCCCCCCUUUCACUUAUACCCAAUUUCAACUGAAAAUUGAAAUUAAAAACCCUAGAACUACAGAUCAAGGAGAUAAAACACAAGAGAGAUGGCUUCAGUUGAUGAUGUCGAUGGAGGAGAAACCUUUGAUGAAGAAGCAGAAGAGAGAGAUGAAUGUGAAAUCGAGCACCUGCUCAACGAGUUCGUCGACGAGCCUUCCAUUCGCCAUGAUCAGAUUCCUGAGAGUGAUGACGAGGAAGAGAAAGGCUGCAAGAAGAAACCACCAGAGGUAACUCACAUCAAACGCGGUGAUGGAAGCUUGUACAAAAAACAUACAUUCGUAAACGGGGUUGGUUUCAAAGAUUGUGUUCUAAACUACGCUCUUAAGACAGGUCACAAUAUCCAACAGUACAUGUAUGAUAAGGAUAAAAUUGGCUUUAAGUGUGUGGGUUCUAAUGAGGGAGGAAGCUGUGAAUGGAAAAUAUAUGCUUCAGUUCUGUCUAGUGAUAAUGUGUGGAAAGUGAGAGUGUUUGUUGAGAAUCAUUCGUGUGUGCCUAAUGGAGAGUGUUCGAUGCUGAAGGUUCCUCAAAUAGCUAGAUUGUUUGUUGAUAAAAUCAGAGAAGAGCCGGAUUAUUACAUGCCAAUGAAGAUUGAACAACUGGUUCUUGAGAAAUGGGGGAUCACAGUGUCAAGGGCUCAGUGUCAAGCUGCUAGAACUAAGGCGCUGAAGUGGAUUGAGUUUGAGUAUGAUCAUCAGUUCGCUCGUCUUCGAGAUUAUGCAGCUGAGAUACUUGAAUCAAACAAAGACUCUACUGUGGUGAUUGAGACUUUGAAAAAUACAUAUGGAAAAGAUGAGUUCAACAGGUUCUACAUUUGUUUCGACAACAUAAGAAGGACAUGGAAGGAGACAUGUAGACCUUUGCUUGGAGUUGAUGGAUGCUUCGUUAAACACAAGAUCAAAGGACAAGUGUUGGUGGCAUUAGGAAGAGACGCAGAUAAUGCCAUAUAUCCAGUGGCAUGGGGUGUAGUUCAAGUUGAGAAUACAGAUAAUUGGUUAUGGUUUGUGAGAAUGAUAAGGGAAGACUUAGGACUUGAUGAUGGCGAUGGGUUUGUUAUCGUGUCUGAUCGCCAAAAGGUUAGUGUCUUUAUGAUUUUUUUUUUUAAAUGAGCUAAUUGAAUAAGUUGAAAUGAAUUUAACCUGGUUAUUUUUUUGGCUUUUUGGUACAGGGUUUGAUAGCUGCAGUUAAGGAGGAAUUGCCUAAGGUAGAGCAUAGGAAGUGUGUGAGACACAUCUAUGAGAAUCUGAAGAAAAAACAUGGAAGUAAAAGCGACAUGAAGUCUUAUUUAUGGAGCUUAGCAUGGAGUUACAACGAAGCAGAAUAUAAGGAAAGGCUGGAUAGGAUUUUGAAUUACGAUGUUGGUGUAUAUGAUGAUGUAAUGAAGACAAAUCCGAAGUCUUGGUGUAGAGCAUACCACAGGUUGGGGCCGUAUUGUGAAGAUGUGGAAAACAAUUCCACGGAGUCUUUCAAUAACACCAUUGGAAAGGCAAGGGAACUGCCAUUUGUCCCUAUGUUCGAGACAAUAAGAAGACUUGCCAUGGCUCGGAUUGCAAAACGAUCGGCAAUCUCUCAUGCUCACAAAGGUAUAAAAUGAUUUGAUUAUUUUUUUUUGGUUUUCAAGGAUUUCACUCUCUGAUGUCUCUCAUUCUCUAAUGUGAUUAUUUUUUUAGGGAUUUGUACACCAUAUGCGACUGAGUUUCUUAAAGUAGAGAAGAAGAAGGCUACUGAAUGCACAAUUACAAGAAGCACCAACGGAAUGUAUGAAGCAAAGUUGGGUGGAUGUACUCACCGUGUCAGCUCGGAUAGAUGGACUUGCACGUGUAUGAAGUUUGAGAUUUGUGGUAUUCCCUGUGAGCAUGCCUAUGGAGUCAUUCUCCAUAAGAAGCUUAAGGCUGAGGACUUCGUAUGUAAGUGGUUCAGAACGUCUUUGUGGAGAAGAAACUAUACUGAUGGCCUUAUUCCGGUGAGAGGUGCUCGAUUUUGGCCUCAAACGGGUGCUCCGGACGUUCAUAUUCCACCUGAUCCAGACCAACCGGAGAGGAAGAAGAUGACUAAAGCUGAGAAGAAAAGAAAGAAACCGGCUAAUGAGUUUCCAACCAAGAAGCAACCAAAACAUAAAAAGAGAAUAAUGCACUGCGGAAUAUGUGGCCAACCUGAUCACAACUCAAGGUUUCAUAGUAAAAAACAGGCUUCUGGAGCUGGUCCUUCUCAUGUUGCUUCUCCAACUGCUUCUCAAGCUCCUUCUCAAGCUCCUUCUCCAGCUGCUUCUCAAGCUUCUUCUCAAGGUGGUUGUCAUAUCAUCCAUGGAUAUGAAGAUAUGUGUUGAUGGUGGUCACGACUUUUGUGGUUUUUAGAGUCUCGGAUUUGGUGUUGUUUUUGUCUCUCAGCUUUUGUGUUUUUUAGAGUCUCGGAAGUUGUGGGUUUUGGUGUGUCAAGUUGUUUUAAAACUUAUCUUAACCCUCUUUUGUUCAAACCGAUGUGUCUUUAGGAAAUGGUAGUAUCUAUUUAAACAUUAUCUUGCUCAGGUU